AUGAAUAAUUUAUAUAGAAGAUUUUUUUUUCGUUCAAAUAUAUUAAAUAAAAAUAUUUUAUACCGAAGAGAUGUUAUAAUAAAUAAUAAUUAUAUUUAUGUGAGAAAGAGAAGUUUCUUUUUUAAAACUCAAAAAAGCAAUAUAAUAAAAAAUGAAAUUGAUGAAAUUUUGAAGAAUGAAAAUGCGAUUUUCCUAGAUGAACAAAAAGGAAGCUUAAACUUAAAAGACGAGGAGGAAGAAGAAAAAAAAAAAGAGGAAGAGAGGAAAAAAAAAUUUAUACACAAAAAAGGAAAAUUUAAAAGAUUAAUUAUAUUUAUAAGUUUUCAAAGUGUGCCAAUAAUUGGCUUAAUGUAUUUAUUUAAAUAUUUAGAAGAUGUGAAAUUAUCGGAGUUAAAUUAUUCAUUUAAUUCGUCAGAAGAUAUCAUUAAUGAAACUAUAGAAUUGAUUAAUGGUUCUUCUAAAUGUUUUUGUAUAUACUUGAAUAAAAAUCAAAUUAAUACAUUUUAUAUUGAACCCCUUAGCCCUGAAGAAUCUGAAAUAAAUUAUGAGAUAAAAUUAGAGCGUGAAAAUAAUUAUUUCGAUAAAGAAAAUCAAAAUAACGUAACAGAUAAAGAUCAAAAAGAAAAUGAUAAAAAUAAUUUUAGUGAAAAUACUUUAAGAAAAAAAAAUAGACUUCUUAAUGAAAAAAAUGAAGAAAAUAUUAAAAAAUUGUUAUAUUCAUUGAAUAAACCUAUAAUGCAAAAAGUUAUGGGUUCAAAAAGUUCAAUGGGGUUACCUUUAAAUUAUUUAUAUUUUAGUAUUUCAAAAAACUCAGAUAUACAUAAUUUUUUAAAAACUAAAAAAAGCGAUAUCACCUUAUUAUAUUCGGAUGAUAAAAAAAAUGUUUAUGCUACAUUAUCUGGAAAUGCUUCUAUAAUAGAAAAUGAAGAAAUCAAAAAUAUAAUGUGGUCUGAUAAAUGGUCAUACAUUAUACCAGAUGAAUAUAAAGAAAAUUAUAUUUUAGUUAAAUUUACUCCAUCUAUAGUAUCAUUAAAAACUAUAGGUUUAAAAGAUGAUCAUUGGAAAAGUAAUAUUGUUAAAAGGUCAAUUAUUAAUGAUAACAUGUCUUGGGUGAAAAUUUAA